UGUCGCCAGGCAACGGUGCAGCCAAUUAGAGGCGGGCGGGGCGUGUCGCCGGGCAACGGGGCGGCUCUCGGCGCGGUGCCGUCUCUGGUCGCGGUGGUGCCGCGGUUGUGUCGCGCUGUCGCGAUGCCCGAGUGCCCGGAGCUGCACCUGGCCGGCCGCUACAUCAACGAGGCGUGCGGCGGGCUGGUGUUUGAAGGCGGAGUGGAGCGCUCGGCCGUGGGUCGCGGCCCGGAGGUGCCGUUCAGCAGCGAGGCCUACAGGGUAGAGGCCGUCUCCCGCGGCAAGGAGCUGCGGCUGACCCUGGCGCCGCUGGGCCCCGGCCCGUCGCAGGCCCUGGUGUUCCGCUUCGGCAUGUCGGGCUCGUUCCGGCUUUGCGAGGCCGCCAACCUGCCCCGCCACGCGCACCUGCGUUUUUUCACCCGCGAGAAACCCCCCCGCGCCCUCUGCUUCGUGGACCCCCGGCGCUUCGGCACCUGGCGGCUGGGAGAAGCCUGGCAGCCCGACCGCGGGCCCUGCGUCCUGCUGGAGUACCCGGCCUUCAGGGAGAACGUACUGACGAACCUGGAGGAUAAGGCUUUCGACAAGCCCAUCUGCGAGGCACUCUUAAACCAGAAGUAUUUCAAUGGGAUCGGCAAUUACCUCCGUGCUGAGAUCCUGUUCAGGGCGAAGACCCCUCCCUUCGAAAAGGCUCGGACUGUGCUGGAAGCCCUGAAACAUCGGGAGCAGAAUUCUUCCCUCACACUGAGUAAGAAGCUGAAGCUGAAGCGGGAUAACCCCGAUCUCCUGGAGCUGUGCCACAUGGUGCCCAUGGAGGUUGUGUCAUCGGAGAAAAAGCUCAUUGACCCCUCUGACGCGGAUAACUACGCUGCCUUCAAGGACUGGCUGCAGUGUUACUUAGUGCCUGGUAUGAGCUCCCUGCGGGACCGCAACAACAGGACCAUAUGGUUCCAGGGAGAGCCUGGCCCCAUGGCUCCCAAAGGUCAGACGUCCCGCAAGAAGCACGCUCACCUGAAGGCAGAUCCUGAAGCUCCGACUCCCACAGUCACCACACGUGCCUCAAAACGACGUUCUGGGGGUGCAGAGAAGCCCCCGAAGCCAGCCGUGAAGGAGGAGGAAGAGAAAGCAGUGCCUGAUGGGUCAAGGAAGGGACGUGCCCGUGGGAGAAAGAAAGCGGCCGCUGCUCCAACCUUGUCUGAGCCAGAGGCUCCGGUCAGAGCAAAACGAAAGCAGACAUCAGCACGCAGGGGCAGAGGUACAGCCCCUGUAGUGUGAGCAGUGCACGCUGCCUUCCGCACACCUCAGCCUCUGGAAACGUAUGUGACACUGCCUCUGCCAUGGGGACACGCUGGCCUGGGCUGCCUGGUGCUGCUUUCAGGCAUGCCUGCUUGUAGCACUUGCUCUUGCACCCUCAGGGAUGGGGGCAGGCUGGCACUCGUCCCCCUUUCUGCUUUUAAUUGUUUUUUUUACAGCCUUACUUGUCCCUCCUGAGUGGUUUAGGAAUCAGUUCCUAAGAGGGACCACUGAUUAUGCAUCGUUGUCAGACUGAUCCUUCCCUACACCUUAAAGUGUAUUCCCUCUUCUUUCUUUUAACUGCUGCCUGUAUCACUGAGAAGGCUGUUUUUAGACGAUUAAUAAAAGUAUUUUGUGUAGAAA